AUCUCAGAAUCUCAGAAUCUCAGAAUCUCAGAAUCUCAGAAUCUCAGAAUCUCAGAAUCUCCAAAUCUCAGAAUCUCAGAAUCUCAGAAUCUCAGAAUUUCAGAAUCUCAGAAUCUCAGAAUCUCAGAAUCUCAAAAACUCAGAAUCUCAGAAUCUCAGAAUUUCAGAAUCUCAGAAUCUCAAAAUCUCAAAAUCUCAGAAUCUCAAAAUCUCAGAAUCUCAAAAUCUCACAAUCAGAAUUUCAGAAUCUCAGAAUCUCAAAAUCUCAGAAUCUCAAAAUCUCAGAAUCUCAAAAUCUCAGAAUCUCAAAAUCUCAGAAUCUCAAAAUCUCAGAAUCUCAAAAUCUCAAAAUCUCAAAAUCUCAGAAUCUCAGAAUCUCAGAAUCUCAGAAUCUUUAGAAUCUUGGAAUCUCAGAAUCUCAGAAUUCCAGAAUCUCAGAAUCUCAGAAUCUCAAAAACUCAGAAUCUCAGAAUCUCAGAAUCUCAGAAUCUCAGAAUCUCAGAAUCUCAGAAUCUCAGAAUCUCAGAAUCUCAGAAUCUCAGAAUCUCAGAAUCUCAGAAUCUCAGAAUCUCAGAAUCUCAGAAUCUCAGAAUCUCAGAAUCUCAGAAUCUCAGAAUCUCCAAAUCUCAGAAUCUCAGAAUCUCAGAAUCUUUAGAAUCUUGGAAUCUCAGAAUCUCAGAAUUCCAGAAUCUCAGAAUCUCAGAAUCUCAGAAUCUCAGAAUCUCAGAAUCUCAGAAUCUCAGAAUCUCCAAAUCUCAGAAUCUCAGAAUCUCAGAAUCUUUAGAAUCUUGGAAUCUCAGAAUCUCAGAAUUCCAGAAUCUCAGAAUCUCAGAAUCUCAAAAACUCAGAAUCUCAGAAUCUCAGAAUCUCAGAAUCUCAGAAUCUCAGAAUCUCAGAAUCUCAGAAUCUCAGAAUCUCAGAAUCUCAGAAUCUCAGAAUCUCAGAAUCUCCAAAUCUCAGAAUCUCAGAAUCUCAGAAUCUUUAGAAUCUUGGAAUCUCAGAAUCUCAGAAUUCCAGAAUCUCAGAAUCUCAGAAUCUCAGAAUCUCAGAAUCUCAGAAUCUCCAAAUCUCAGAAUCUCAGAAUCUCAGAAUCUUUAG